CCCGUCUUUGCACCGUGUGCGCGUGCCGGGAGGGGGCUCCGUGUGCGCGUUCGCGCGGCGCACGGUCGCGCGUGUGCGGGGCGGGGUUUGCACACGAGGCUCCCUUGCGGGGGGGUCCCGGGGCGGGGUGCGGGGUCUGCUGCCAUCGCCGCUGCGUGCGCGCUCCCCGCGCUCGCUCCCGCCCCUCCGGGUCGUGACGUGGCGCCGAGGGAUGGGGACGGGGCCGCGGCUGCCGCUGGCGCUGUUGGUGGCGGCGCUGGCGCUCGGGGGCGGCUCGGGACAGCCCCGACCCCGCGGGGACGCGCUGCGAGACCUGGCGAGGGGCAAAGUGGAGACCUGUGGCGGGUGAUGGCUGAACCGGCUGAGGGAGGUCAAGGCUUUCGUCACCCAGGACAUCCCUCUCUACCAUAACCUGGAGAUGAAACAUCUGCCUGGUGCUGACCCCGAGCUUGUGCUCCUCAGCCACCGAUACGAGGAGCUCGAGCGAAUCCCCCUGAGUGACAUGACCCGGGAGGAGAUCAACCAGCUGGUGCAGGAGCUGGGCUUCUACCGCAAGGAAACACCUGAUGCCCCUGUGCCCGAGGAGUUCCAGUUUGCCCCUGCCAGGCCUCCUGCCGCUGAUGGCAAGAAAUCAGAUGAACGCGAGGAGGAAGCACACCCAGACCUCUAGCGAGGGGUGCUGUGCUCGGGUCCUGCAGCGCGCAGGGAUGAGGGCGUUACAGCAGCUGGGGAUGGGGCCGCAGGGUGGCCACUGUGCCCCAGCUGCUGCUUGGUGCUGUGCAGCCUCUGUCCCAAGGAUGCUCUGACAGCUCCAGCCUCGAGGAGGGGCUUCCUACGCAUUGAGGACAUCCCAGGGGUCCCGUGUACCUGUUGCCCUCCCUUCCCUACAGCCCAGCAUCUCUGACCAGUUGGGAGGAGCACCGGAGUUCCCCCCUCCCCAUGCGCCAAGGUUUAGCUGCCUCUUGGUGCUGAGCAGCUUUAUCCCACCUGCAUGGGACAGGAUGAAGCCCUCAGCAGAAAGCCCCAGGUGCUGAGGGUAGAUGUGCUCAGUCUCAGAGGUGGGACAGCUGCCAGCAGGGGCAGGGGGUGACUUUAUGCCCCAGCAGCAGGGUUGUCUUGUACUGAGCUCCCAAGUAAAACCCUUGCGUACAAUCAGCUGCACUGUGUUAUCUUCCCAGGGGUGGCUUGGUGGGGCACACCCUGCCCGGCUCUGGACUGGGUACUGGGAGGCACUGGGUGCCCCAGAGCUGCUCGCAGAGAUGGGAGUGGAUGGUGGGGUCACAGCCACUAUUGUUAAACUGUGCUAUUCCUACACCACCCCCUAUCCCAGUGCAAUGGGUGGAUGGGGCACCACAGCUUGGGCUGACCUGCUUGCACAGGGUCCUGUGGUGCUGAGCCAAAGCUCUGGGCAUCAUCCCAGAGCAGGAAGAGCAACACGCC